UUUGUCAUAAAAUAAGUUGAGCUUAAUAAAUAAAUCACCCACCCUUAAUUCUUUUUCAUAUUCUGUGUUCGCUAUCACUUCAAAUUGUCUUCUUCGCAUUGCUUUACCUACCUACUCCUAUUUACUACCUAUUGUAUUAUCUAUUCAUAUCCCAGAGCUUCUAUCAAAGUUCUAGAGCUAGCUACUCUAGUCCUGGUAAGGCGGUCAGCUCUCCUCGCGCGGAAACAAACUGACCAAUGACGCAUGUUGUCUUUUUAGACAGACCUACCUAACCUCACAAAAAUCGAGAGAGAAAAAAGUUUUCCCAAGCAUCCAACGCAACAAAUCCACAAUUCGCCUUCUGGAGAACCUAUUCCAACACCUCAAAUACAUUCGCAUUGCUACCUCCUAUCCUGUGAAGUUUCCAAUGAAUACACAUUAUUAUUGAAAUUGCAAUCUUUGCAACAAAGUCACGGUCAGUGUUGCACUUGACCGCGAUACAACUACUCUAUCAAUACUUCUACAAUCCCCUAUGAGCACUAAAGAUCUACUACGCUUCCUUUCUAAGCCAGCAAAGUAAGCAUUUUCAACUAUUAUCCUUAUCUGCCAGUGUAUCCUUCUGCAUCACAAUGUCUCCUACGAGCUCUAUCCGAAGACCUAAGUCUGUCGUCCCAAGUACACUUCCUCCCAUAUGUGUGGAGAUGAACAGCUUGGUGAUUUGAUUCGUAUGGUCUAGUGACUUGUAAAAAGGAUUCACUUUCUGAAAGCGGAGAUUUAUUCAGAAACCUUUUUUCUCUCUGGCCAGCCCAACCUUCUUCCUUCUUGCUAACGGUUUCCCUUCUUUCUUUAGGCCCAGAUAACACCAGCCACGCCCCCGAACACUCAAACAAACUCGAAUACCUAAACUUGCAGAUACUACUCGUCUGCUAGACCCGAUAUCUUCUCACGGUAUCGGCAUCUAUCAGAGCGAGCCCAAAGAAUCCAACAUUCCUUCGGAAAAGGACUUUUUCAUCCCCCUUUGCACCCGACCUCCUUAACGUCCCCUACGUGACGUCUAUAUUCGAAACAUCUUGCUGGCUUCGCCAGCACAUACAAUAUCCCACGGUCCUGUGGGCCUUCUCUUCUCAGUCGAACACCGCAAGGUUCGUCUGGGUGGCAGAUAGUGCUUCACAGUACUUUGCCAAUUCGCAAAAAGACACAAAUACCCGGCACCAGGGCAUAAAUUCAUUACUACGUGCAUUAUCACACUCUAAAUUUCAGAGAUGGUCAACCUCGAGAUUCCAUCCCAAUAUACAUUUUCGCCUUCUGAAGGUACACCUCAACUUACUAUCAAUCGAGAUGCUACUAUUGAUCUCGAUUCUAGCAAUGCAUUCGAAGGUUUGUAUAAUAGAAUUCUAUUCCAGAGAGGUAAAUGCUAACAAUAGUAGGCCCAGAAAAACUUCUAGAAGUUUGGUUUGCUCCAUCUCCGAAGGAUCUACCUAUCGGUGCUAAAGAGGAUGGACUCAAGUCCGUCUCGGCCGAAACAUGGACAGGAAUGCUAGAUCUUGUUAACUGUAAAGUCUUGUCAGUCGUCGAGUCUGAACAUGUGGAUGCAUACCUUCUGUCUGAGUCCAGCAUGUUUGUCUUUCCCCACAAGCUUAUUCUCAAGACUUGUGGUACUACUACCCUAUUGCUCGGGCUUCGUCGAAUGUUGCGAAUUGCGGCCGUUCAUGCAGGCUUCCCAGCCCAAAAUUGCAAAUCUGUUGAAGACGUGAAAACAGCUGCAAAACCCUACCGAGUCUUUUACAGUCGAAAGAACUUCUUAUUCCCUGAGAAACAGCAAGGUCCACAUCGUAGCUGGAAGGAUGAAGUCAAAUACCUCGAUGAUAUGUUCUUAGGUGGUAGCGCAUAUAUGGUUGGCAAGAUGAAUGGAGAUCAUUGGUAUCUAUACUUGACCAAUCCUAACACCGAUCUUACACCACCGCAAACUCCGGAUACAGAGAAGUCAGUCACUGAGACGAAAGUUUUGAACAUGCCUAAUGAGGCGUUGUCUGCCAUGAAUGAUGAUCCUGCUCAAGGCCCAGAUGAGACCCUGGAGAUUCUCAUGACUGAUCUAGAGCCAAACAACGCUAAACAAUUCUAUCUUGAUCACGCGGUUGCGGCCGCGGAGAGUAAAUAUGCGACUAGGGCUUCGGAGGCGCGAAAGGAUGCAGAAGAUAGUCUUGGUGAAUUGAGUCGAACUGAUUUGAGUCUCAGUGGCACAACAGCCGGAAGUACUGACACCGAUGAAACUUUCGACGUUUUCAGCAACACAUCUUCCGAUCACAAUGGAGGUCUUGUCACACCGGAUGAUGAUGUAUCCUUCCCCGAAGAGCUGGGCACUGAGGGUCACGCACUUGGUACGGUAGUCUCUGAAGCUUGCGGUCUAUCGGACGUCUAUCCUACCACCAAGUACCCUGAUGCACGCGUUGAUGCCUACCUCUUCACUCCUUGUGGAUUUUCAGCCAAUGGAGUUAUUCCAGCUCCUGAUCAGGCGGGCACUGCCACUCAUUAUUUCACGGUCCAUGUUACGCCCGAACCUCAAUGCUCAUAUGCAUCAUUCGAGACCAAUGUCCCUGGUUGCCAAAGUGGACGUGAGACGGCUGAUGUCAUUGAGCACGUUGUUGAUAUCUUCAAGCCUGGGCGUUUUAGUGUCACCCUCUUUGAAUCGAAAAGUAACUCGGCCGAGGGAAGAGAAUUAACAUUGCUUGGUGAUGAUGUAUCGGCCAUGAAGAUUGCAGGUGCCGCCCGCUUGAGAAGUGCAAGAAUGGAGAAUAUUCCUGGAUAUCGUAGAGUUGAUAGGAUCGUACACGACUUUGAUGGAUACGACCUGGUGUUUCGUUAUUACGAGCGUGUUGGUUGGGAAGGGGGAGCUCCACGAGUUGGAGAGAUUGAUUAAGUGGCUGGGAGAUUACGCGACCUAUAAAUUCUUAUCACAUCACUCGUUUCGUUUCUAAGUUUAUCUUUUCAUCCUUAGCUAGUCGAGUUAUUCAUUGGAUUGAGUCUAUCCUCAACUAUCCUUUCCUUGCCAUCAGCCAAUACGCAUAAGCGGCAUCAAGCAGACAUAAAUAGCUUAGCAAAAUGUUAUACAACCUCUCAUUCAGAAUUCAAGAUUCAAUAUGACACAUUAUGCACGGCAGAAAAUU